UGGAAUUUGUUGGCCGAAAAAAAAACAUCAUGCCGAAAUUUCAUAAUCAAGAAAAAUGUUUUAGUAUUUUCGAAAAAAAAAUUAAAACUUUUCAUUUGUCGAUGAAAAAUGCAAUCAAAUUCAGUAAUGUCAAGAUAUGUUUCUAAAGCGGGUAAAAAUUUACUUAAAAAUACUAUACAAUCUACAGAUUUUCAAAACAAAAAAAAAGAAGAAGAUCUCAUGUGGAAAAUGCGCCAAAAUGUCCAUGUAAAUAAACGAAAAUUUAACCAAAAUAAUACUGAUGAUGAUAAUGAAUCUAGUGAUAAUCAACAAUCUUGUUCGAAAAAAAGUUAUAAAAAUAAUUGGAUGAAAAAAUUAGUGAAUGCCGAAUCCAAACAACCGGAACGAUGGGGACAUGAUGGUUAUAAAGAAUUAUAUCCCGAAGAAUUUUCAUCAUCAUCAUCUGAUGAAUCAUCCAAUAAAAAGAAAAAAUCCAAAAAAAUGAAAAAGAAACAAAACAAAAUUAUUGAAAAAAUCAAUAAAAAGAAGAAAAAAUCUCAUAAAAAGAAAAAGAAAACCAAAUGAUUCAAUUCAAUAUAUAUUCAUCUUUAUUAUUUUAAAAUAAAUUGUGAUUUUUUUUUUGUAUUUAUUUACAUACAACUAUCAUAUUGUAUCAUACUAAUAGUUUUUUUUUGUUUUUUGAAUUAUCAAUGAUGGUUUAUUUUAGAAUUCCAUUGAUUUACAUUUUUUUUAUAAUUAUAAAAAAUUAAUCAUUUUUUGACAAAAAAAAGAAGAAGAAAAAUAAAAGAAAAUAGAA